UCUCAGCGUUAAGCCGAUCUACCAGAACAUCUUCGAAUAUGUCGCUGCUCAGCGUCACGGUGAAGAAGGCGCGGUUCGUCUGCGAGGAAGCGGAGCAGUUCAACUCCUACGUAACGCUGAAGCUGCAGAACGUGAAGUCGACUACGGUGACGGUGAAAGGGGCCAAUCCAUGCUGGGAGCAAGACUUUCUUUUCGAAACGAACGACAUGAACACGGGCCUCCUGGUCGAGGUCUGGUGCAAGGGUUUCCUGUGGGACCGUUUCUUGGGCUACUACUACGUGCCGUUAUCGGAAGUGUCCUACAUGAAUGAGGUAACGUCUAAGCAGUCCUACGAUACAAGCAACGGCACGGUAUCGACAGGGGUACAAGAACAACGACACAUAUCCUCUGACAGCAUGCGCGACACGAACAGCAAUACACAGCCACCAGACAUCACCGACACGGAGGGUUCCGGACAAUGGGUGAGCCUGGACUCGGAGCUCGAGAUGAGAGGUGCCGAAAUCGUCGGCACGAAAAAGCCGACCGGCCACUCGCUGCUCAUAGACUGCCGCUUGGAGCUUCCGUUCGGAAAGUGCGAACAACGAACGAGAUGGAAAGCCCUGCUAACGAGUGAAACGGCAAUGCAGUUGCGAGCAGCCCGGCCCAUGUGUGGCUCAGACCCCGAGAACACGGAGGCGGCCGAUCUGCAGAGGAAGCUGGAAAUGCUGAACAACAUGAUGGACCAGGAAGCACGGGCCGAACAGGCACGACGACAGAUAUUGUACAAUAUAGGCCACUCGGGCUACUCGGAGGACUCGGACUAUACGUCGGACCUGAAUUAUCCAGUAGGAGGACAGGGUGCAAACAGCUCGGCCUCGCAGUUCCGUACGGCUGCCAACCAAUUGGCUACCCCUCAGAGAUCCCUCGAGACCUCGAGAGAAAAUAGCUACGAGAGGGAUGAUCAUCAGAUUCCAGCAACAGUGGGUGGAAGACUAGCCCCUAGUAAUUACGGAGGCUAUGGAUCAGGCCACAGUCCACGAUAUGACGAACCGUACCCCGAGGAAGGUCCACCGCAAAGGUAUUCUCAGUCUCAGCACGCUUCAGAAUCUUCCGAGCCACUCUUCUACAAUAGUAGACCAAGACACUAUAAGGAAUACAGACGACGGAAGCACACGUGGGAUUACGAGGACAGCCAAGACGGCUGGUACAGCGAGGGUUACGACUACCAUGGCACGAGAGUCGACGAAACGAGGAUUUACAGCGAUACCGAGUACUACCCGAGCAACACCACCAGCACCUCCAGACGAAGAGGCCCUCACAGAAGACCGUCUUUGGAAAGGCAGAUGACUUUGUACGACGAUCAUUCUUACUAUACCGACGGAUAUAGUAGCGAUGGAAGAGUGGGGAAAAUGAGCGCCACGUAUCCCGAAUGCCAAAGGGAUAUCAGAUACAAUGAGUACUACGAUAGCUCCACGAGAUAUGGCUAUCAAGAUGAAAGGUAUGGGCAGGACGACGAGGAUAGACAAUGGGACAGCGGAGGGAAGUGGUAUCUAGCAACUAGUACCUAUUAUGAGAACAAACGGAACAGAAAAACGCUUCCACAGAGGCCUGCAUCUAGUAUCGGUAUUCAUCGGCCCGAUUAUAGACCAACAGUUACCAGACAACGCAGUUACGAAUCGGAGGAACUUAAUUACAGUGGUCACAGCACUCGUCGUCGAAAACCGCUUCAGCCACAGCAACGACCGCCAUCUCGGCAAGAAGGAACGGGAAAGAAACUACCCCCGACGCCGACAAAGCCGAGCAAUGUUGUUAUCAAUCGUAAGCUUGUCUCCUUACCUGCCACACCGAGCAGGCAACUGCCAAAGACUAGAACUCCUUCCGAGGAGAGCUACUACAAGUCUGACUACAACGAGGACUAUAAUUACGCUUAUCGCAGCCAAGAUAAUUUACCUCAGGAUACCUACAUUGACAGUAUAUAUAGCGAGCAGAGUGGUUACGACCAAAUGCACGCGCCUGGUAAAACUCAGUAUGCUGAAGAUAGUCAAUACGGGUCCAGCUACACGCCCCAGGUCGAUGACCAGUAUGGUCGUCCGUAUCAAGAGCCACAGACACAGGAUACGUACGAUCAAUCGUAUUUACAAAACUCGUAUAAGGACGAGUACCAAAAGCCUUAUGUGCAACAGAACACUCAGGUUUAUCAGGAUACGUAUCAAGACAUGACAUAUCCAAACGUGAGUCAACCGAAUGAUCAAUACACUAGCCAACCGAACGAUCAAUACAGGAAAACGAGCAGAGACAUGAUAAUAGAGGAUAAUUAUCAGGUGAUGGGGUACGACCAGAAUAACGUACAGUAUCAGGACAGGAAAAAAGUGCCUGCUGCCUAUAAGGAAGAUACGUAUCAAGAGCAAUACGAUGGUUACAGCGUCUCCGUGCCAUCCAGCGUAUACGACCAAAAUAACGUGACAAAUACGUACAAUCAGUACCAACAAGAGCAAUACGAUUCUCAGUACAAUAUAAAUACGUCGACUGGUUAUCAAAAGGUCUAUCCGGAUACGUACAAUCAGGAAACGUAUAAUACAGAAGCCUAUAGCCAGGAAACUUAUAAUCAGGACACGUACAUUCAGGACACGUAUAAUCAGGAAACAUACAGUCAGGAACAGGGCACCUAUAACCAGCAGGAUACGUACAAUCAGGUACCCAUUACGUCGCAAAGCAAUUACGAGGAUACUUAUACGAAGCCACAAAAGGAUUACGUUGACUAUCAAGCUCCGUAUAGUAAAGAGGAUAGCGGUAGUAUUACGUACAAGAACGAUUAUCAGGAUCAGUACCAAGAGCCUUAUGAUCAGUACGAAGAGUCUUAUCAUGAUUCUUAUCAGGGAUCCUUCGAGGAACGGUACAAUGAGAGUCCAGCUGCCAGUUCGGAAAGGAAACUAAGCGAAGUACCGGAAUUAUCGGUCACGACGCCAAGAGGCCAGACGAAAGCGAACGGGUAUCAGUCAAACGACUCGGACUAUUACUUUACCUCUCAGGAGAGUCAAGACGUGUCGUCGACGGGAUCGAGAAGGAAGAAGCUCGAGAAGCGUAAACCGAGUCCGCUCGUGCAACAGAAUACAGAUUCCUUGGAAUCCAAAGACGACGAAUUAAAGGAGUCUAUCGAAACUGCCGUGAGUUCAAUUAGUAGUAUUCCGCAGAAGAAAGGAAUCAGCGAGUACCCGACAACUGUCGAGUCUACUCCUGUUGCUCCUACUUUGAUCGAAUCUCCUCAAAGUACGGUGCAGCCACCGACAACGAUGGUUAAUCACGUAACAGCCAACCACGUUCCGACGAGUAUGACAGUGACAGCGAUGGUUCACACAGCAGCUAAUGGAAAGCGAUUAACGAGAACCGAAUCUUAUCAGGAAGAAGUGAUCGAGGACGAGGAGUAUCCGGAAAUUAUACCAAAGGAACCACAAAGGAAAGAUUCGCAAUUGUCUCAUCAGAGUCAGCUCAGCCAACACUCUCAGCACAGCCAGCAUUCUCAGAAACCAAAAUUGACCAGAAGAGAUUCCUAUGCAUCCGACCACUUCCCCGAGGAAUCGUAUAGCAGAAGGGAUUCAUACGCGCAAUCAACGAGAAAGGACUCUUUCUCAUCGACCACGCAAGAAAGCUUCAAACCUCCUCUCACGAGGACAGACUCGUACCAAAAGAGAGGUAGUUAUGCGCAAAACUUUGGUGGUCUUCAGCCAAUUUCCAGAGCUGAGAGCUAUCAACGUGGAUACUUCAAGGACCAAGAAUCUAUAGAGGAGCCGGAGGUUGGCCUGAGCAACGCGGUGAACGACGAUUACAAGAUGAGGGACGAGUCUCUCGAAAGGUACGAACGAGGCGAUGAAGCAAUGCUUCGUGACUCUCGAGAGGACUCGUUAGUGGACACGUACAAAACUUCCCCGCCAAUGUCGCACACCGAUAGUCCACGUGGAAGUAUAACGAAACAAGCAUCUUUGGAAGAAAGUGUUCAAAUGGAUACUCCACCGAGGAGUCCACCCGAACCACCGCCGGACAAGGAGCUUCUGGAGAUGGUCGGAGCUGCACCAGUGCCUACGCAAUUGAAGGAGCGACCAGAGAUGACAGCAAGGCAACGGUGGCAUUGGGCGUACAACCAAAUAGUGAUGCAGCUGCGGGGUAUGUCAACAUAUUGGUAA